UAAAGAGCAAUUAAAAUGAUGGCGCCGUGGCAGUGCGCGUCAGACGAUGCGUGGAACAGAUACCAAGAUGCGGUGCAAGCGAACUGCAUAUGCGGUACGGUGCAGAGAACGAUUUGACUGCGCUUUGUCGUGCAAUCGGUGUCGAGCCGCUUCCGGAAACGUGUGAGCAACGCGAGGAGGCUGUACGAAGGACAUACGUCAAUAUCGUUGAUUUGAUUGAAUGGGGACGAAGUGGUAGUGAGGAAAAAGUUCAGACCUUCUACGACGUGGCAGAGCUGCGAGCCUAUACCAAGGAGACGGGCAAGAUAUUUCGCAACACGUUCAACCAAGAAGGCGGCAAUGUUGUCUUGAGACACCUGCUUCGAAAGAUCUUUCGAGGGAGCUUAUAAAAAGCUCGAGUCGGGAUACUGGGGAUGUGGAAAGCGGUUUUGAUGAUGCGGGUUCGCGGAGAUCAGGGGAGGUCGCAAUGCGGCGAGUAGGACGAAGUUGUUUACGCUGGCGAUUGUCCGGCGAUAAGUGAUAACAGAAUACAAUUACUCAGAACGCAGCACAGUUGGCUGACAUGUC